AUGGCUUCUUCUUACAUCACUCUCCCAAGCUUUGAGUCCUAUUUUCUCAGCGGAAAACAUCUCUCCGAAAUUCGUCGUAUGAAAUCCAAUUUAACAACUUACAAACCUCAAUCUCCACAAAGCCUACGACCAUGUGCAAAAUUCAAUCUCUUCGAAAUCCUGGGAGGCAGAGGACUUUGCAACGGCGAAGAGCAGCUGAGUAGAACUGUAGAAGAGCAAGCAUCGGAAGCCGCUUACAAAGAGCAGGAAAAUGCCGACAGUCGACCCGCGAUACCGACGGUCGAAAGCGUCCCGGAAGAGGGUUUUGAGAAGGAGUUAAUGGGGCUAACAGGAGGAUUUCCUGGUGGUGAGAAGGGUUUGAAGUUGUUCCUUGAGAAAAACCCACCACCAGAAAAGGCAUCAGCUGAAAAGGCAACACGGACAGAUUUAGAAUUAUGA